AUGUCUCCCGGAUAUCUUCUAUGGCUUUGCCUUGUGGCGAUCAUUUGGCUUCAGUCAUUGAAUGGAACCAACACCAGUUUUCCUUCCUACUCAUCCCAACUCAAGCAGCAGCUCUCCAUUUCCCAAGUGCAGCUCAAUAACCUUGCCUUCGCCUCUGAUGCCGGAAAAUUCUUCGCUUUCUUGUCUGGGAUUGCCGCUGGUUAUCUACCCCUUUGGGUAGUGCUCCUGUUUGGUUCUUUUCUCGGUUUUAUUGGCUAUGGAUUGCAAUAUCUAUUCUUAGCAAACCACCUUAAUCUAUCAUACGUGCAGAUCUUUGCACUCAAUUUUAUUUCAGGAAAUAGCAUCUGUUGGAUAAACACCGUCUGUUAUAGUGUGAUAAUACGAAACUUUCCAUCUGAUUAUUCCCAAGUUGCCGUGGGGAUAACAACUAGCUACCAAGGUCUAAGCGCCAAGAUCUACACAGAUAUUGUUCAUGCUGCUUUUUCCUCUGCACCCCAUAAACCCCAUAAAACAGCUAAAGCCCAUCUUCUUCUCAACUCUAUCUCACCUCCAAUAGUUAGUGUUAUAGCUGCACCACUAUUUGCAACAAAGAUUGAUGUUGUUGGAAGACCUAGAGCGGGAAGCAUGAAAGUUGGCUUCUUCCUGCUGUUUCUGAUCAUAGCAGUAGUGACUGGAAUCUAUUCUGUGAUCAGCAGUUUGGGUUUGACAUCAAGAAAAGUAUCGCCUGUGGCCGGAGCCAUUGUUAUUGCAGUGUUCCUGUUGGCCCCCCUUCUAGUUCCAAUUAUAUAUCUUAUCGGAGAAGUAAGAAAGACGGAUCAAGACACAGGCGCAAAAUCUCGAGUGUGUGAUUUUGCUUUAGAAGAGAACGGGCUGAAGAAGGAGGAGGGGAAGGAUGACAGAGAAAUACGCGAGGUGGUUCCGGUUGGUGUUAAAGAGGAGAUUGGAGUGAUGCUGUUGCUGAAGAGGUUGGAUUUUUGGUUGUUUUUCUUUGUCUAUCUUUUCGGAGCAACGCUGGGAAUGGUGUUUUUGAACAACUUGGGACAAAUAGCAGAAUCCCGUGGCUACUCUGGAACUACAGAUUUCGUGUCUUGGUGUUCUUCGUUUGUGUUCUUCGGCCGUAUCAUCCCAUCCCUUAUGGACGACUGCUUCUCAAGGAGAAAGUAUAUGAUGAUUUCAGAACCAGCAUCAUUGGUACUGUAUAUGCCUUUAAUUGCAGGAGCUUUCUUCUUUCUUCUCCUGGAUACAAAAAUGGCUCUCUACGUCAGCACUGCCAUUAUAGGAGCAUGUACCGGAGCAAUUUCUUCUGUUGCUGUGACCAUCACCAAAGAGUUGUUCGGGACGAAUGGAUUUUCUAUGAAUUAUAAUCUGGUAAUUGCCAAUAUUCCAGUAGGAUCCUUUGCUUAUAAUUACGUGGCUGCUCGUCUUUACCGCAAGGAAGGGAAGGGGGAUGGUGCAUGCAUGGGAAUGGAGUGCUACAGAACCACUUUCAUCAUUUGGGGUUCUCUUUCUGCUGUUGGGACUUUCCUAGCUAUAAUCCUCUUUGCUCGAACACGACAGUUUUAUUCCAAGAAGUUGCAGAAUAUGAAUUCAUCUUUGGUAGCCUAA